UGUUACAGUAAAAGCAUUAAUUGCUUUAGAACGGUAUAAUGAUAUUUUGUGGGAUCGAAGAAUAGCUAAAAAAUGUGUUCACAACUAUAGAUUGAUUGAACAUUUUGCUAUGUACAAAAAUAAAGAUUUGCCAAAAAUAAAACAAUUUUCUGAUCAAACUUUUGUGGAGCGUUUAGUGAAAAUGUCAAGAUUUAUGAAUAUUGACGGUCAUAGGGCCUUGAUUGAAGGAGUAAAGAAUGAAAAACUGCUGAGACUGCGAUUAAAUGAAUUAAAAUAUUACAAAAAGAUAGGUUUAACAAAACUAUCUGAACUCAAUAAGUUCAAUAAAUUACAAAAACAUAGAUGUCAAAAAAAACUGUCAACACUUCUUCAUACUGAAGAUUCAUUGGAUCUAGGAUGUCAAACAUUUAAUGAACUUCUAAUUCCUUCAGGAUCUAAUGGAAAUGGUUAUGUUCAAAAUACAACUUAAAUACAAACUAUUAUUUGAAAACAAAAUGUGAGAUACUAACCGUAAGUACAAAUUGUGUUUAUAUAUUAAAUCUAAAUGUAAACUUCUGAUUGUAAUAAAUUGAAUCAAUUUAAAUACCAUCAUUAGUACCUAGUGUAGUAAUAUUUGUAUUUAUAUUGAUGUUAUAAUAAAUUAAUUUUCUUUGAUAUUUAAAAUUUUUGAAUAUACGUAUUGUGUAUGUUAAUUAUUUUAUUUUAUGUUAUAGACUUUAAUUUUGGAGCUUAAAAAUGUAAUAAAUAGAAAAUACACUACUUUUUUACAACA